AUGAGUGUAUUUAUCUCGAUCGAUGCAAAAAAAAGUGUAUUUAUCUCGAUUCCAAUCUACCUGCCCGCUCACGCCCUGCUCCCUCUUCGUCCGUGGAGCUGCGCCACUCCUAGAGGACGCGGGCGGCGCCCGGGCCUCGCCCCGCGGGGCUCGGCCAAGUGGCGGGUGACCGACGGCGGGGGCACCAGCGUAGUGCGCCAGCUGCGCGCGCUCGUCCUCGACUUGUGCCUCUCCUCCUCUAGCGUCCGGUUACGAAAAAAUGGGGUGCUCCAAACAAGAUUGUCUUCCUCUCUUUCUUAUACAAGGCAUGCAGAAGAUGUGCGACAAAAGUUUGCUCUGCACAAGUGCAACAUGACUGGAAAACCUGCUGCUGUUACUUGUGUUGUGGACAGUAUGAUGGACAACCUAAGGCCUACUCGUGCAGAUGCAACUGAUGUGGCAAAUGCGGUGCUCGAUGUAGUGAUGCCAUUCUCCUUGGUGCCGAGACUCUCCUUGGGUUGCAUCCAGUUGAGACUAUUACAACGGCUGAGAAGGUCUUCAACUAGGAUUUGUACUUCAAGCGAACCAUGAAAUACGUGGGAGAACCCAUGAUCCACUUGGAGUCUAUUGCUUCCUCUGCAGCUGAAUCUACCAGCACUAGGAAUGAAUCAGUGUUGAAGGUUGCUUUUGACCACGGCAAAGCAUCCGGUGUGAUCAAGUCGCAUGGCUUACCUUAGCCAGAAUUUCUAUAAGAAUGUUGCUCAUGUUACAUGCUUUGCUUUCUCUAGAACAAAGAUCCAGAUCACCCUCGCCCCUCUAGAGAAAUCAGUUUACUCAUUCAAGUUCUGGAAAUUCUUUAUAGCUUUUUGAGUUUACUUCGGUCUUUGCAUGUAUUAGCUUUCUGUUUGUGCCCCUGUCUAUGUAUGUUUCUUGUGUGCAAGUGCUCCAUUCUCUGUGUGUGUGUGUGACCGUGUGUGGCUUGACUCUGUGUGUGACUAUGUGUGGCUUGAUUGUGUGUGUGCUUGACUCUCUGAUUGUGUGACUCUGUGUGUGCUUGACUCUAUG